AUGGACCGUUUCUACUAUUUACAUAACUGCUUGCCAAAUUUAACUUUAAUCGUAAAACGAACUGUCCAAAGAGGAAGAGUUCCACCGACGCAACCUCCAGGAUUGGCGCUGCCGGGUCAAUUUGCCUUAACAAAUGGCGACCCCGCAGCCAGCUUCAACCAUCCCUACCUCUCCUCCUACAUCUCGCUGCUUCUCAGAGCAGAACCCUACCCGACCUCAAGAUAUGGCCAAUGCGUCCAAACCACGAACGUCAUGGGCAUAGACAACAUUUGCGAAUUAGCAGCACGGUUACUCUUCUCAGCCGUCGAGUGGGCGAGAAAUAUCCCCUUCUUCCCCGAACUCCAAGUUACAGACCAAGUAGCGUUAUUAAGGCUAGUCUGGUCGGAGUUGUUCGUCUUAAACGCGUCACAGUGUUCAAUGCCCCUCCAUGUAGCUCCCUUACUCGCGGCGGCUGGUCUCCACGCGUCACCUAUGGCAGCUGACCGAGUGGUGGCCUUCAUGGACCACAUCAGAAUCUUCCAAGAGCAAGUGGAGAAGCUGAAAGCGCUUCACGUUGACUCCGCGGAGUACUCCUGUCUGAAGGCGAUCGUCCUCUUCACGACAGGUAAAAUUUUGGACAGUUUAUUUGGAGAGGCGAGGUUGCUGCUGUACAGAGUGGCGGGGGCUGGCACUGCUGUAACCAAUUACGGAGAGCUCGUAUCUCUUGUUCGUACUCAUUUGGACGCUUACGCUGAGGCUAGUAGAGUACAACAGCCCCCACCACCGUCAGCAGCCUCCUCCGGGUAUUACUCAACUCUUGACACGUCACUCGGCGUCAACUCCUCUCUGUCGUACGGUAGCUUUCUGUCUCCCUCUAGAUUACAGCCGAAUUAUACUAGUAGUCCGCGCGCCGAAGCGAGCACUUCGUUCAAGGCUUGGGACGGAAAGGCUUUCAAAAACGAUCAAGGUGGUUGA